AUGGGCAGUAUCACUGAGUCCCAGGAACCCCUGCGGUUUUUUGCAACCGGCGACAAACAUGAGUUCGAUCCAGAGAACUGGACAUCUCAGGAUCCGCUUCCUCCGCGUGGGCCCCUGACAUACGUGCAGGUGCUCAUUGUAGGUGCUGGCUUCGCCGGGCUAAUGGCAGCGCUCGAAUGCUGGAGGAAAGGCCAUGAUGUGGUCGGUAUUGUCGAUCGCAACCAAGGCCCCAACUACAGUGGCGAUCUCAUCAUCAUCCAGCCGUCCGCGCUGGAGAUCAUGAAGCAUUGGCCGCAGAUGCGCCGCGAACUGGAGGAAGACAAGGUCACCGUGGGCACAUACUACUACCGCCAUAAUGGGGAGCUCGUCGAUGGGCCCGCCCACCCAAACUACAAUGCGCCCGAAUAUGUCGCCGAGCGUGAGGCGCGGCCGGGGGGUUUUCCCUACGUUGGUGCCGUGCAGAUCCGGAAGAAGUUCUAUCGCAUGCUCCUGCGCCAGGUUGCGAGGCUCGGCUUCCGGGUGGAUUAUGGCCAGCGCGUCGAGAGCUACUUUGAGGAUGAGAGUGCUGGAAUUGCCGGUGUUCGGAUGACGGACGGAUCCAUUCGAAAGGCGCAUGUGGUCGUUGCUGCCGACGGCUUCCGCUCUCGCUCCGAGCUGCUGAUUGCCGACGAGUAUCUGCCCACCCAAUCCAGCGGCAUGUCCGUGUACCGCACAGCCUUCCCAGCCAAGCUGGCGUUCGCGGACGAGGCGGUCCGGCAGCGGUGGGGAGGCAAGCACACCUAUGAGUUCUGGAUGGGAUCCGGCAUGCACAUCGGGCUAUACCUGUCGCCCGAACUGGCUGCGUUUGGCAUCACGCCGCGCGACCAUCUCCUAGCCAAGGACAAGGUUGCGCGUGAGUCAUGGGACCCCGACGUGAGCCCGGACGAGGUGAUCGACGUGCUGCGCCGGGCCAAAGUGCCAGGGGAGUCAGACUCGGACUGGCACCCGGUCCUCGAGGCCCUCGUCCGCACCGCCCCCCGGAGCAGCAUCAUCCACUGGCCGCUGCGCUGGCGCAACCUGCGUCGCGAAUGGGUCUCGCCCGGUGGUCGUGUCGUACAGAUCGGGGACUCGGCACACUCCACGGUACCAUCCUCGGCCGCGGGGGGUACCCUUGCCCUCGAAGAUGCGAUUACGUUGGCUACAAGCCUGCAGAUUGCCUCGAGCCCGGCCGCCGCCUCUGCGCCGGGCGCAGGUGUCCCACUCGGCACUCGAGUCUACAACCUGCUACGGUACGAGCGCGCGAGCUGCACUCAGAAAAUGGCCUUUGUGAACGCACAGGUUCUUGGCGACACCACUGACUGGGAUGCUGUGAAAGCCGACCCAAGCAAGGUCCGCGUGCGCUAUCCCAAGUGGCUCUUCCGCCAUGACCCUGAAGGCUACGUGUAUGAAAAGUACGGCCAGGCAUUUGCCCAUUUGGUCAGCGGAGCCGAAUUUCGGAACACCAAUAUUCCACCUGGCCAUCAAUUUGUGCACUGGACACUGGAGGGAAUUCACCGGGAAAUGGCGGCCGGAAAGAAGGUGGAGGACCUACUGGACGGAGAUUGGACGUAG